GGAGAAUUACUUUGUCGGUGGUGGUCCGGGUCGGGGUCCUGUGCUCUGUGUAAGCCGUGAAUAUGCUUAAAAGUUAAAAUUCACAUUUUUGAGGGAGACAUGUGAUACAUACAAGCUGGGACUUCCUGGAAAACUUAACGGGACGAUGAGAAGUACAUCUGCGUGGCCGCUGAAGGGGUGGCCGGUAGAGUAGCUCACCAGAGGACGGCUCCACCUCCUCGUUGGCUGUCCCAUCUCGGAGAGCAGAGUUCGUGUUUGUUUUUUGUUUUUUUCUUUUUUGUAUUUUUAAUGUUUGGAAGCAACCACUCAACUUGUGAAUUCAUGAUCACAUGACCGUGGACAUGGACGCAGUCCUGUCCGACUUUGUCCGUUCUACUGGAGCUGAACCGGGAUUGGCCAGAGAUCUUCUAGAAGGCAAGAACUGGGACUUCACGGCGGCGCUCAGUGACUUCGAGCAGCUGCGGCAGGUCCACGCCGGCAGCCUGACGUACUCGUUCCCAGAAGACCGGGUCUAUCAGCCAUCCGAGAAGGAGAUGGCCCGGGUGGGGCGUCCUGUUCUCCACCGGCAAGACGAGGUGGUGCAAGCGGCGUCAGAGAAGCGUCUGUCGAGGGGCAUUUCUCACGCCAGUUCCACCAUCGUUUCGCUGGCCCGCUCUCACGUCUCCAGCACCGGCGGCAGCAGCAGCGAGCCGCUCCUCGACACGCCGCUCUGCACUUUCCAGCUACCGGACCUUACUGUGUACAGGGAUGACUUCCGCAGCUUCAUCGAGAGGGACCUGAUCGAGCAGUCCAUGAUGGUGGCCCUGGAGAACGCCGGGCGACUGAACUGGUGGACGAAAGUGGUUCCAAACUGUCAGAAUCUGUUGCCGCUGGCGACGAGCGGAGACGGAAACUGCCUGUUGCACGCCGCCUCGCUCGGAAUGUGGGGCUUCCAUGAUCGUGACCUGAUGCUGCGGAAGUCUCUGUAUGCGCUGAUGGAUCACGGCCUGGAGAGAGAAGCUCUGAAACGCAGGUGGAGGUGGCAGCAGACCCAGCAGAACAAAGAGUCUGGGCUGGUGUACACGGAGGAGGAGUGGCAGAAAGAGUGGAACGAGCUGUUGAAGCUGGCCUCCAGCGAGCCAAGAAUCCACUACAGCACCAACGGCACCAACGGGGCGGAAUCGUCUGAUGAGCCGGUCUAUGAGAGCUUAGAGGAGUUUCACGUCUUCGUCCUGGCUCACGUCCUCAGAAGGCCCAUCGUGGUGGUGGCCGACACCAUGCUGAGGGACUCUGGAGGAGAAGCCUUUGCUCCCAUCCCGUUUGGAGGCAUCUACCUGCCGCUGGAGGUGCCAGCUGCCAAGUGCCAUCGCUCUCCACUGGUCCUGGCGUACGAUCAGGCACACUUCUCUGCCCUGGUCUCCAUGGAGCAGAAGGACAGCUCCAAAGAUCAAGCAGUUGUGAUUCCACUCACCGACUCGGAGCACAAAAUGCUGCCUCUGCACUUUGCUGUGGAUCCUGGGAAGGACUGGGAAUGGGGAAAAGAUGACACAGACAACGUGAUGCUGGCGAGUGUGGCGCUCUCGUUGGAGGCCAAGCUCCAGAUGUUACACACCUACCUGACGGUUACCUGGCUGCCGCUGCCAUGUGAGCAAGCCCCUCUGGCCCAGCCCGAAUCCCCCACAGCGUCCGCUGGAGAGGACGCCCGAACGCCUCCCGACUCCGGAGAGUCGGACAAGGAGUCGGUCAGCAGCAGCUCCAACGGCAACGGAGAUGCAACGGCGAGCUCCACCGCCAACGGCAGCGGCUCGUUGGCCAAAAACAGCUCGUCUUCUUCCUCCAGCUCCUCCAGCAGCGGGUCCGCCGGCGCCGGGACGGGCGGGAAGGACAAAACCAAGAAGGAUAAAGACAAAGACAAGAAGAGGGCGGACUCUGUGGCAAACAAGCUCGGCAGUUUUGGGAAGACGCUGGGCAGCAAGCUGAAGAAGAACGUCGGCGGGCUGAUGACGGGGAAGAACGCCGGAGCGGCCGGCACCAAACCGGAAGGCGGGGAGAAGAAGAAGGGCUCAUUCAGGGGCAGAAAGGGCAGCAAGGACAGUUCGCCGUCCGCCCAGGCCUCUGAGGACUCCGGGAAGGGGUCGCCGUCAUCAGGCAGCGAGCGCCUCCUAGGGACCAUGAGCAGCAUGAGCAGCAGCGGCGGCAGCAGCACAGAGAGUGAGCACUACAAGUACAGCUCCGACGUGAAGGUGAGCCUGGGCAUCCUGCGGGCCGCCAUGCAGGGCGAGAGGAAGCUCAUCUUUGCCAGCCUCCUCACCACUAGCAACCGCCAGCCCUUUCAGGAGGAGAUGAUCCAGCGCUACCUCUCCGACGCCGAGGACCGCUUCCGGGCUGAGCAGGAGCAGCAGCGGCGCGACGCCGAGCGGAAAGGCAUCGCCAAUAACCUCCAGCCGCCGAAGAAGGAGGAGCUGAGCUACCGGCCGUUUGACGCCAAAGAGGAGCUGACGGAGACCUUACCGCCCUCCUUCAACCCCACGCCGCUGAGCCCCUCCCUCUACUCCGCGGUCAUCCCCAUCCCUCGCCCGUCGUUCAUCGACCAGCCCCACGUGCCGACGCCACUGACUCAGCACCUCCACAUGCACAGCCACCUGGAUGCACGGCGCCAGCUGGCCGGCGGCUCUCCAGCCACCUCUUACCCGGGCCUCCCCGCCUACGCGACGCUGCCCCGCCACUGCCCCGCCGCGCCAGGUCCCUCCCACCCGCAGUACAUCCCCUCGUCCCCCAGCCCCUCCCGGCUCGCCCCCUCUUACCUGCCGGAGUUUGACCCGCCCGAUUACCCCGGCGCUGAGCCCAUCGCCGGCGGCUACACCAACGGUUUCCGGGAGCUGAACGCCGGCCUGGACUGUCGGAGUGGGCAGGCCCCCGUCAGACACUACUCUCUGGGCAGCGCGGGCGGCCUGGCCGGCCUGCAGUCCAGCCGCUGUCGGACACCCAGCUGCAACUACUACGGCCACCCGGAGACGGGGAACUACUGCUCAUACUGCUACCGAGAGGAGCUGAGGAAGAGGGAGGCGGAGCCGGCCGUCCACCGCUUCUGAGCGAAGAGUGGCCUUUUUGUGUUUCAGUUGAACAGAACGGGGAACGACCCCUUACCGUGUCAUUUCCUGUUGAAGGCAACGAGAAGAAACUGGGGAAUAGACCGUGGAAGAAACUGACUGCACUUCUGUUACGUUUUUGCUCUUAUGCAGCUGUUGAGUGUGUGUGUGUGUGCGUGCGUGUGCGUGCGUGCGCGUGUGAAUGUGUGGACUUCAACUCUCCACCAGAGUGAAGUUAUGCCCAAAUCCCACUUCUUCUAAUUAAACAAAAUUUGUGUCAAAUGUUA